AUGCUAAAUUGGUUGUUGAUUAGCCUGCAAUUUUGUGUACAAUAUGACGAAGCGCACGAUAUCAUACCAUAUUUUUCUUUCUUCACAUUUGAUCAUAAUAUAGUAGCAAAGCUCCAAAUCAGAAGUGAAACAGGACAUGAAGAUUCAUCUCGGCUCAAGUACAAAGAUAGCAAUGUUAACAUUCCUAAUGGUCAGGCAAAGACAUUUGUAAUGUGGAUAAACCCACGGGAUCUUUCUAGUCCGCAGCCAGACUCUUAUUACAACAUGCCUGGGCAAACAACUCAUGCUGCUUAUUUGCCAUCUCACAGUAGUCAUGUGUGCUGCUGCUGCACAAUCUUCUCAUAUGCAGUUUCUAGGCAUGUACCAUCCCCCACCACAGCCAAUUGCAAUGGUCAGUCAUCAUCAUGUGGGAGUACCAAUGACGUUAAGGCGUCCAAUCUUGAGCUUGCAGGGCAUACAAUUCGUGCUGCUGCUCUUAGGUUGAGAGGUCUAUCGGAAGAAGAAAAUGUAGAUUAUGGUGGCAAGAUGGAAAUUUUGAAUGAGAAGGAGGUGUAUGUGGAAUCAUCUGAUUCUUAUAACAAUAAAGGCGAGAAGAAAUCCAGUGGAAAAUCUAAGUAG